GGUGUUUUGCUCUUAAUGCUUGGUGUUAGUUUAUCGUCUCCAAAGUGUUCUGCGCAAUCGUCUGGGAGGAGUAGUAAGAAUUUGGAGCCAAUGAGUAUGGGUUCUCCUUCAGCGUCCCCUCUUAAUUCAUCGAGUCCGAAGUAUUUGCCUGGAUUCCUAAUGGGAGAAUUUCAGGCUUCACCAUCAAAUGGAUACCAAGUUUCACCCAUAUUCAAGCCUCACCCUCCUCAGCAUACAAGAAUAGUGCAGCCUCGUUUAUCUGGGUUAAAGCCACCACCUUCAGUUGAACGAAGCGUUCGGCGACAUGCCUCUCCACCAACUCAAAGUUUGUGGUCCAGUGCAAGUCAAAAAAGAGUGUCUGACUUGGGAAUCAAUCAAUCUGCCGUGGAGUCCAUCCCAAAAGAUUCCACAAUUACCCCUAAUCAGCCUGUGGUGACUCACUCCAAGGUGGAUGGAUCAGGAUUUUCGCCUCUGUUUCAUUCUCUAACACAAAUAUCGUCUUCGGACAGGUCACUUAAGGAGGGUUACCUUGCCACACCUGACGAUGAAACUGCAACUUGGAUAACUGUUUUCGGAUAUGAUCCAGCCCAAGCAAACUUUAUAUUGCAGCACUUUGCUCAUCUGGGGACUAUUGAAAAAUACAUUAUUGCAAAUGGCGGAAAUUGGAUGAACAUUAAGUAUGCAAAUAAGAUUCAAGCAAGGUGCGCACUCAACAAAAAUGGUCGAGUGCUCGCUGGUAAAUUCAUGAUAGGUGUGCGAAGAUGUAACGAUCUGAAUGCCUUAAACAGUUCUGAGGCUGUCAUUCCUGGCGCUUCAGACUUUUUGUCUGAUGUCGAACCCACUGACGUUGUGGAAAAUAGCGUCUCAGAGUCUCACGUUCAAGGACUUUUGAAUUCGCCCGCGGCCAGGCUUGAAUCUCCGCUGCGUCGGGAUGGAUCGCGGAUUGUGGCCACCACGGAAGUUUCGGGGUCAUUUAAACGAAGCUUAGCAAGUGGACAUACUUGUCUGGGUCCUGUGCGCUCCGCUGCCGCCCUCUCUCGACACAGCUCCAUGCGGCCGCUAGCGGCACCCUACCAACCACCCCCCAGGGUGCAUGUAACCAGGGCCAAUCAGAACCAAUCCUUCCGGUUCUCCGAUUAUCUCAUAAUGACAGAACCCGAAACAGUUACUACCGGUCAUUACUUGGUAAAGUCGGAAUUGACGAUUGUGAGCAUGAUCCUCGAGGAGCCAAAGCUGGAAGAUGAUAUUCCUGUCGAGCGAUGCAUUCGCGUGCGGGCGGUCGAAUGUGUGGUCGAACUUAUGUUCGCCGACGCAGACGAUAAGUUAAGCUGGUACAAGAGUUUAGAGGAUACAAUAAAACAGGAGCGUCACAGAAACGACCUGAUGCUCAACGCCGUCUCGAGGCGACAAUCUAAUGUGACACCUAGCAAGGAAGGAGAGACACCGAGAGCCGCGGAAUGGGUAAAGGAUGAGCAGGCAACCAUGUGUGCCCUCUGCUAUCGCCAUUUCACUCAUAUCCGACGCAAGCAUCACUGUCGAGCUUGUGGAAAGGUGGACGACUUACCCUACAUUGCACCGCGAAAGAGGAGGGGUCCAGCGGGGCUUGAUUUCGGUGAUGGAACAUGCAGCGAUAGUUCAUAUAUAUUUUGCGGGGCGUGCUCCAACUACAGAGCCAAGGUUGAUCAUCAAGGGCCUGUGGAGGUUCGAGUCUGUGAAGUGGAUUUUUACCGUCUGAAUCCCAACCUUAAACCAAAAAACGCUGCGGCUUUAGAGCGCAUUGCACAAUUCUCCGAAUCGGGUCAGCGAUACGCACCGUACCACUGCGGAUUCCUGAUGUUUACAAAGAAGAUUCGCGACAGCUGGCCACAUAAGAAGACGCACGUGCGCAUGGAGUACUCUGCCGGUCUGGUGUCCCGGGAGACCAGUCCUUCCCGACCUCCCCCUUUAACUCCCUCUACCUCCUGUUCUUUAUCUGGCAACAGUUCUCCAUCUCUCUUCCUCUCAAUUCCCUCGCGCGAAAUGAGUCUCGACUUUGCUAAUCUUGGUGAUGCCUCCUCCUCUGUCGCCAAUGUAGCCACAAAUUCUUCCUUAUCCUCCUCAUCCCCCCCUCUCCCCUCCUCCGCCAUUGUUCCAUUGCCAGCUGCCCGUCUUAUCGUUCGACCGCAGACCUCGAGGGUUUUCUGUGUCCUCCAGUCGGACACACUGAUGUCUGUGUAUGCUGCGAAGGAAGACGCACGGAGCUGCGACGGUAUAAUCCUUCUUGGGACGCGUCUUGUAUAUCUCGUGAGAGUGAGUGGGGAGGGAGCGACGAAUCAUGGCAACACCUCCACCACUUCCACACCCUCGCCACCGUCAGGUCGUCAACGCUUUGGAAGUCAGAUUUCUUCAGAAACGAGUAACCGCAACAGUGUUGAUUCUAAAUCCAUAGCCUCAACUCCGGCCGAAGGAAAUAGAUUAUCAGAAGUGGAGCGGUCACCCGUUCGCAAGGCUCUUAGUGAAGUGAGGGAUAGCAGCUUCUACACACGUGUCUGCGGCCAAAAGACGCCACUUGCCAUGCUUCAUUUGUCAAAUUCGGAGGAAGGAGGGGGAGAAGAUGAGGUGCCAUUGUCAGUAACAGAGGAUGACAACCAUAAGUUUAAUGGACUGCCCAUCUCAAAGGCCGUCUCUCCAAUCGCUGUCGACACCCUCUCCGUCCUUUCUAGUAUGAAUGGUUUUCUAAUACUACCCAACAACACUGACAAAGUUGGCCACUAUUUCGAGGCGCCUAAUGAGGAGGUGCGCAACACCCUUACAAAACAACCAAGUGCUGGUGUGUAUGAUCUGGCUGGCGGUAGACAUGGCAUUGAUGUUUGUUUCUUUGAUGAGUUUUGGGAUCCCAACUAG